CGCUUACACAACGCUCGGCGCGCUGCUUCGGCCAUCACAGUCGUAAUCCACGCGCCUUACCCUACCGACGACAAAACGGUCACCGUUACGCGAAUUAAAAAUAAGUGUUAUUCCACUAUUCGAUAUUUAAAAAUUCGAUUUUUUUUUCAAAUAGUGCAAGCCCGGGAUAGUGAGAGUGUUUGAAAGAGGGCGGAGCAUGCGCCCGCGCUAAAUUUCACUUUCUACGACGGGACACUGCGCGAUGGCUCCCGUAAAUACACUACGGAUAUGUGCCAUUCUCUGGCUGUUCUGCGCCAUCAGCGUUGGAGCCGAUGCCAACGACAAUACCACGACCACCAAGACAAUAAGGACCACUAUCCUACCGUCAAGGACAACACGAACAGAAUUAAAAGUAUCAAGAAGUCUCAAUCCCCACGAUACGCAGACUGUUAACGUCAGAACUAAAUCUGGACACCUAACGCAACUAAUAGUAAAAAAGAAAGAUGCAAAGUCUUCGACCCACGCUAGCAGCACCACCCCAGCGCCAACCACCAUUUCGGUAAAAACGACUUUACCAAACGUAAAAUUUAACACAACAGAAGAAAACAAAAACAAAACAGACUCGAGGGAUCAAAGAAAAUUGAACUUAGGUCCUGUCAGUAGUGAUUUAGCUGGUUUCGAUUACUAUAUCAAUCGCAAUAAACACGAUGAAUUCAGUGAUAUCAAGGCUGAAUAUGGAAACUGGUCACCGGUGUCUGUCUAUCCCGAAUCUCACAUACAAGAAAAUGGUGGCAAACCCCAAACAGACCCUGAAACUUCCAGCUAUUACCCCACAUACGAUAAUCAGGAAAAAGUAGAAAACAAAAAGGUUUACAUAACAUCGACGAGUUAUAUGGACUACAACGGCCCUAUCAAAAGCUAUCGUUUUGAUCCGCACAACCCUGUUAUCAAAAACGAUAGAAAUCCAGUAUACAUAGAAGUUGUUAGCACUAAAGUUUCAGACGGUGACGCUAAAUCUUUCAAAGUGCCCGACCCGGUUAUGGUGAGCUCAGAUUCAAUGUACGUGAAAAAGGCUAUCGAUAAAUUCAACAAACGAGGAAGAUCGAUAUUAACUUUAGGUGAUGAUGGAAUACCAGAAAUUCAAGGUAUUAGAAUGCCGGAUGAUGAGUCAGAUAAGAAGACGUGGAGGAAUGCGCGCGUUGUUAAUGGUGAACUUGUCCCUUACCCUGAAGGCUACACCCCACCUAAAGCCAUACCAGAAGCCGAUGUGUACCCGGACUUAGCUGCUGCCGAUCCAGCGCAGAACUUGGGACCAUUUACUAAAGAAGAUAACUUUGAACCGAAAGAUGGACCGUUUACUAAAUUCGACAACAUUAAAUUCGAAUCAGAUGAUUUCGUUCCGUCUGUACAAUAUAAGCCUAAAAAAGAUAACCAUUACAUCAAAUCUGGAUACGGGCCUUUCACAAAGGCUGAUAAUUCUAAAGUGGCUAACUCUAAACUAAUCGAAUAUAUCAAACAGAUCAAUGACCAAGAGUUAAAACGCGAUUAUUUCAGCGGUCGCAGUUCAAGAGCUCACACUGGCGACCUAGAUUACGCGGAGAGUCAUAUUCAGAGGCGUAUGUUACAACAUCCAGGUGAAACAAAUUUCCCAAAUUCUAUAAUGUACACACCGAAAAACGCAAAGCCAGGCUACGAUGAGAGCGUACGCAAUCCAGUUCUUCAAUACGCUCACCCAGAUCUCGGGGUACAACCGGCUAAAGCUACUCGAGAUAAUAUUGAAAAUUAUGAAAACAAACGAAAGAUUAAUUAUUAUACUAGUGUUGUACCAAAAAGCGCUCAUCCGUACCCAAUGGAACCCAUUAACGGAUAUAAUCAGCAGCGCAGUCAAAACAUGCCAUCUAAUAACCGGUAUUAUGAGGAUGAAUAUAACAAGUUUUCAUAUUACGACCACAGCCCGGCAAAAUACCCGUAUGGCUAUGGUUUUAUCAAACGCGUUCCAGAGCCAUCAUUAUGGCAACGCUUCACAAACUCGAUGAAAGAUACCAUCAAUAGCGCAAGUCAGACGGUGCAACAGUUCACCAAACCUUUAAUAGACCCUAUUGCAAAAGUAACACAACCGAUAUUUGAUCCUCUCGCGGAGGCCACACAGAAGAUAUCUCAUAACCUGGGUUUGUAUUCCUCAAAUUCUUUACAAAGUCAGAGGUACGCUCAGGAUAAGAUCGGAGUAGCCGCUGCGGCUUCUGGUGCACCGGCGAUGCUUCCAGCUUUAGGACUGAUGGCGGGUGGUGCUGCUUUAGGCCUUGGUGCAGUAGCUGUUGGAAGACUGCUAGACGUGAAUCUAAUGCGCAGCGCUGACGACAGCGCCGAUGCAAUGGAAAAGGAACACAAACGCUCCUUCGGCGACGCGGUUUACGAUUACGACAGAAAAAUUCUCAGCAGGCAAAAGUUCUACGACGACAAUUACAAGAUGCCCAGCGAGAACGUGUACGUGGUUAUGUCGCCAGACGGUAGCGACAGAACGAAACGCCACGUCAGUUUCUACGAGCCUUUCCAUGUUGUUUCUGGUGUCAGACAGCGGCGGAGCGUGAAGAGAGCUCUAGUAGACGACAUGACGGAUGACCUGCAGCACAUAGAUUCGAACCCGGCACAGUCAAGUCUGACGUCCGCGGCGAUGGACUUGGUGAAACAGACGGACUGGAGAGACUCACAGUGUGCAAAAUUCACAUUCUGCAAGGUCCUCACCUCACAGCCCUCGGACUCCAUAUUUUCAAUGGAAAAGAAAAUGGAGUCGCUUCUUAAAAUGUUAUCAAGAGGAAACAGCGCAAAUGCAGCUGCAGUGGCCCACCAGCUGGGAGACGUGAUGGCUGCCAGCAGGGAUCACGACUGUUCCAGAUUUUAUUGUGAAUUACAGUGAUAUAUAUAAUUUCCCACCUCUACAGAACUUAAAAGAAAGUUUAUUUAAAACGUGACAUGUCCUAUAA